GUCUGCAAUUCUGCGAAGGAGUGAUUCCACGAAUAGCCUACUAUUUGCGACACGUUUCUUAAGCAUUCUUCAUGCUAUAAUUUUACCUAGCUUUGAACGUUUAAAUAUAGGAAAGUUGUAUUUUAAUAGCGCGAUAUGUUAUUCAUCUACUGAGCGUUCACUAUAUGACCUAUAUUAUUAUCAAAGUAUGGCAACUGCUGUGGUCGAGAAACCGGAAGUGAUGGUUAGAGAUCAACUUAUUCCACUUCAAGAGUUUGACAGAGUACGAAAUGCUGUUUGCUUAUUGAGACCCAAUGAUCUAAGGUAAAAUCAAUCACAUUAGCCGAGUUAGCACUUGGCAGGAGGACAUUUCUAGCGUGAUUUUCAAACAAAAUGUUUACCAUUUAAUAUAACUACAGUAUGAAUUUUUAUACUUAACGCCUGAAUUUUAUACUUGAUUAAUACUUUGAUUGCUAGACUGCAGUUUAAUGGACACCAGUGGCAGUGUGUUGCUGGCAUUAGUCAUGCGGACUGUGGCCUUGCUUAAUGCAGGUUUUGGCAGCAAAAUGCAAAAACCCCCAAAAUAAUAAUUCUAGAGUUAGGGUUUCAGGGUUGGGUUUAUUUCCUGUAUGGGGCCAUUCACAAAAUAUGUGACGCUUGUGGGGGUAGGGUGUUUGAUCAGGAGUCGCAUACUGUCACAAGGGUGGGGAGGGGUAUCACAAGUGGUAUCAUGUGACAGAGAAGCAUAUAGGGGAAGAUUUAUAACAAAACAAGACCGUGCUUGCAAAUAUGUGUCCCUUAAUGACAAGUCAGUGGGUUUUUUUUUUAUCAAAACACUCCUACUGGCAUCGCCAUGGAAUAUGGCACUCCCAUUUUAUUCAACGAUCCAGCGAGAACCUGAGUGGGAAAUUGUUUAGGCCAAGGUUUUAAGGCAUUGAAAUAGUGUCGAUUUGUAGAUAACGUUUUGAAUCUGUUGUUGCAUAUUAAAUUGUUUUGUGAGUAUAUUUGGAGAAGGGGAGUGGUUGGCUCAGAGUUGCAUAUUUUAUGAUGAGGGUGUACUGCUAGCUGUCACACACUGUCACAAGGGGGUUAAGGACAGGUAAAAAAUGGAGUCACAUAUUUUGUGAAUGGCCCCUACUGUCCGCUACACUGCAGUUGUGAUCAAUGUCAUUUCCCCUGGGGAGAAGGGAAGAAUGUGCCUCCCCCCCCCUCACAUUUGGAUAUUCGUAAUACAAUCUUCAGUAGGUUGUUCCAGGAAAGAUUCACCCUGGCCACAAGGGGGAAAUUUCUGCCAUCUGGAGGGGAUAUUAGGACAUUCGGAGGGGUUAGGGUAUUUGGAAGGGUUAGGGGAUUGACAUUCCAAUUUCCUCUGUGGGGGAGGCACGGAUGUUUUCUAGAAUGACCCAAUAGAUUAUAUCUGCUGGGCAGCUUUGCCUCCCCUCACUUUUCAGAAUGUAUUUUCACUCUUGCUUAUAAACUGCAGUUUUUAUAUUACAGUAUAUUAACUGUUGACUUAUAAAUUGCAGUUUUUAUUAACCCAUUAAUGCUCAAGACUCUCCCCUUGACAAAUAAAAUCAUCUGGUGUUAGACAGAGUAAAGUAAUAAAGUAGAGUGAAUUUGGGCUCAUUGCAGCUCAAUGGGUUAUCUGUCGAUCAGUAUGACCAGAUGGGAGCUAUCAAGGAAAUCUAAACACUGUCAAAAUUGGGAAGGGAACUUUUUCCUAAAACUAUCACAUGCAACCUGCUUACAACUUCAGUUGUACUGUGUAAAUCAAGUACACAGCUCACCCACAACAAUGACAAAUAUUUCAGAUGUGUGUUAGUCAGAGUGAAAUCAAGUUUGUAAAAUUAAAAAUUCUAGUUCAUAUUAAUUAACCCUUUAGCACUAGCACUCUUCCAUUGAAGGGUAAAAUUGUUAGAGGGGUAAAGUAAUAAAGUAGUGUGAAUAAGGGUGCAAUGUAAUUUAAUUGGGUAACAAGACACAUCCAUUGUAAGGCAAACCAGGUUAGCAUGUUUUGCAGAUCAGGCCAGUUUGUCAUUUGCUUCCUGCAAACUAAGGCAGACUGGAUUACACUGGAUGUUGUAAAGGGGAAGAAAUGCCUCAGUCUUUAUUUUCCAAAAUUGCAUUGUAAUUUUUUGGUUCCAAGUGGUUCCUUUAUGGUUACUGCAUGUAACAUGUCUAAAGGCGGUUUUCCAGUCCUCGCAGCUCGCUGCGAGUGCUUGCAUCUAAUUAAAAUUAACUGUUUAGCAUUGUGAUUGGAUGAAAGUGCUCAUGCAUGCACUCGCAGCGAGCUGCGAGGAGCUUCGUGUGAGGACUGGAAAUCCGCCUUAACACAUUGGAAAUUUAAGAUCUUUAAAAUACUGCAUAAAUAUUGGAAUAAAGAAACACUUCUUGGUGAAGCAACAGGAGGAGCUACAUCAGAAAGCUGCAGAAUAUUUUGAUAGAGGAUACAACUACCUGAAAUAUUGUGUUGGCAUCCUUAAAUGUACUUGCCCCUUGAAGGAAGCCAACUACCAACCCUACUGGUACUGUACCUCUUCACGUUGUAGGUAAUAUCAGAUAAGGGACCGGUAAUUAUUUAUGGUGGGGGGUGGCACCGAAGAGAAAAGGGUUGGGUAAACUAAAUUUUGAGUAAGUAAAAGGUUGGGUAAAUGAAAAACAAAACAACUCAAGGGUUGGGUAAUAACAAAUUAUUGUCAUUUCCAAAGCAUGACUCACUGAAGUAUUGGGGACUAAAACGCAAUGGCAACAGUAGGCCCUACUCUGGGGCGAUAACGAGAUAAUGCAAGUUUAAUUAAGCAAAUUUAGGUGAUUUAAGCAAAAUCUGCAAUUUAAGCAAUGCGAGUUUGAGCGAUAUAGGGCAAUGUAAGAAAACAAUUAAAAUUUUAGGGAAUGCUGUUUUAGGUGUUUAGAGGUAAUUUCAGGAAUAUACAACUAUAUCCCUGAUGACUCCAAUGAAAUUACCAUUAACCUACGCCAAGCAUCCAAACAUGAGUGUUCCCACAAACAAACACACACACAUGCAGUGUAUGAAGCAAAAUAUACAAUUUAACAAAAAAAGUUGAAGUCUGCUUGAGGGGGUUCUGGAAACAAACAAUACACUGUAUGCGCAUGACGAUCAAGUGUUUAAAGGGUAAAUAAGCUCAAUAUUCAUGACUUUUUCCAUCCAUUGUCUAUUUCGAAGCCAUUGGGGUAUUAUUAAAUUCAUGACACAACUAUAUUAAUACAUGACCACAUGUUCACAUCAUAUGCAAUUGCAAACAAUUUUCAAAGGAGUAGGGUACAUAAUUGCAAUAUAACAACAUAUAAGUAAAUUAUACAGGUCAUGAACUUACCAGUUUGUGUUGAGUUAAAUUUUAAAAUUUUUAUGACAUCAAAUAUUAUUUAUUUAUUUGCAAAUCAAAACAUUUUAAAAUUCUCGUGUUUUGUUUUGUAUUGCGCCCGCGAUAUAUUAAUGGUAUUAACUGCUGUGAAUAUGAUAUACAUUUUUAAUACAUUACAUUUGCGCUCAAAAGUUCAGGAAGUGAGUUUCUAGAAAGGAUGAAAACUCCGUUUUAUAUAUGGUAUGUAAAAGGUAAUUGUUGUUUACCGUUUAUUUUGUAUUCAGGUAUGGGGAAUUUAAGCGAUGAGAGUUGCAAAACUUGCAAAUGUAGUCUGACUAGUUUCUUUGACGUCAUCAUUUAAUAUUGUGCUACAUUCAUUAUUCAAUUUAUUCAUGGCAAUUAGCCUUCUAUAAGCCAUACAAAUGAUUAUAGCUUAUAGCCCACCUUGCCUUUAACAUUGAUCCUAUAUAUAAUGAAUUAACAUAACUAACUUGAUUAUGUUGCUAGUCGAGUAUGGGACCUAUGGUUCUUCUAGGACCUUCUAGAUCCUCGAGUAGCACAAUUAAUAUAAAGUCUCCGUAAGGCGGUAAUAUUAAAGACUGUUCUUAUUUAUGCAUGACCUUUGACUAUUAAGUGGCCAAAAAUUGUGCCUACAGUAAUCAACUUAUUCCACUAUCCAGGUUGCAUCACUUUUGAUUGCAAAACACCCGGGUUUAUUAUACAUGGAUUUGCCAGCAAAAUAGCAGCAAUUGAUGAACUUGGUGUUAUACUAAGAUUUACUAAAUGUGUAAAGAAACAACGAAAAGUAUAUAUCAAUCAGAGUCAUUAUCUUGAUCAAUUUCCGAUGGGAUCUCCAAAGAAAGUAGCUACAUGUGCAGACAACAUGAAACUUCACACUGCAGAAAAUUUCACAAUCCAUUAUCAAACUUAUGUCACAGAAGUGGUAAAGGACAUAUGUGACAACUGAAUAGUACCUUUUGUAAAUUUUUUGGCCAGGGGUGGGUAUUUAUUUUUUAAUUGAUAUUUGAGGUUGGGUAAUCAAUUUUGUUUACUUUUUAAUGGUUGGGUCAGCAAAAUUUUUGCUACGAAAAACAUUUCUCUUCGGUGCCACCCCCCGCCAUAAAUAAUGACCGGUCCCUAAAGACAUUCUUAGAGCUAGUCAGAAUAUGCUCUGUGUUUGUGUUAUCAACUAAGUUAAAAUAAAGUUUAAAUAAAUAAAAAUUUUCCAAAGAGAAAAUCCACAGUAUUGUGCAGCAGAGACCUACCGUCUGAAUAGGUGACACUCUAGCUCAGGCAGAGUAAAACAAACUAGGAUGUACUGUAAUUGUAUUUUGACAUGUAGUAGCAGCAACGUUAAUUAGGUUAACACGCAAGAGACAUGGGCAGAUAGUCUGGGCAUAGUAGUCCAUGAUGCUAUAACUUUAUUUUUAUACUUUACCUCUUCUUGAGGAAAUUUUUAUCAUGUAUCUUUAAUAUGUAUUUUCUACAGUGUCAAAAUAUACUACCACAUAAGAUUUAUUUAAUUUCUAGCAAGUCAUGGAGUGCCACUGGAUUCUACGCUAUUGUGAAAUUGAACAAACAGGAUUUUCAUUGUAUCAUGACAAACUACCAUGUUUUUCAUGAAAUGAAAAAACGUGAUGAUGGCAUGGUGGCUGUCUUUCAUCAUGAGAGCACUGAAAAAGAAUCCAAUGAAUUUUUUCUUCACCCAUUCGUAUUAUUUGCACAUAGCAAGGUAUGUACCACGUCAAGCAUUUUAGUGUAUCACCAUUUUUCAGUGGCUUGAGGCAUCCCUCCCCCACUUAGCCUGCGUGUCAGGCUCUACGCUUGAAAUAGAGCCUGCUACUAAAGUCGAUGAAAAUUGGACAGUCAUUUGGAUACACGAAAAUAACAACCAAUCAAAAUGGCGCUUGUUAAUUAGAUUAUCAAAGGCAGCUAACUUAAAAUAUGACAAUAACGGCCAAUUUUCCCGCCAAUAUCUCGAAAAUAAAUAUUCAAUUUCCAUAAAACGGCCAGGAAUUACAUACUAAAUGCUGUGCUAAAUGAUAAUAUACAAUUAUUGGACGAGGUUGAGCAAAAUAUCGUGAUUUAUCAGUGGCGAGCAGAUCAAUUAUUUGCCGAUGCCGAAGGCAGAGGCAAAUAAUUGAUCUGCGAGCCACUGAUAAAUCAAGAUAUUUUGCGAUAUAGCCGAGUUCAAUAAUUGUUUUAUCAUUUACCGAUUAGUAUUUGUAAAUUAUUAUGGGCACAAGUUAAGUAACAAAUACAAGAACAGUCAACGGAAAAAAGUAUAAUUUAAUCUGACAUACACAACGUAAAAAUACUGUAUUGCACAAAAAUUGUGAUUUUCAUAAAAUCAAGCAUGUAAACAAUUUAACUUUUGUUGCCUUUUUUGUGUUUUCGGCGUCUUUUUCUCCAGUAAAGGUACGUUUGCACGCUGCGAUUUGUCGGGCCGAUUUUGCUCGCUGUAUGUAAAUAACCUGUCAUGAGUACUCGCGUCAGCGCCUUGCGAUUCGCAAAAUCGGGAGAAAAAUCUGUAGCAAAGCACAGAUUUUUCUCACGAUUCAAGAUUUUUCUUCCGUUGUAAAGUUGUUGAAAACUUUUCGCACGCAGAAAGCUAUAAUAUAAACAGACGAGAGAGCGGACAGCUUCAAUUGAACGUUUAAAUCGCUAAAUGUCGAAGAAGGGGCAACGAUUAUUUGCCAAAAUCGGCCCGACAAAUCGCAGCGUGUAAACGUAGCUUAAAGAUGACAAAUCGCUUUCCGAUAGCACGCCAAAAAGAGAAGACGAUAUUUUUAAAUUUAAGCUGACGAAUCAUUUUCAAAGUGCGCAUGCUCAUUGAAGUAUUUGCGCCUGAUCGAUAUUUGCACACAGUUAUUUGCAGGUAAAUUAACCAAUCAAUAUUGAGAAUACUAUAAAGUGAAUGAUAAUAACAGUUAUUGACCGUGUUUAUAGACAGCAAAGGCAGUAAUUAAUGCGGCCAAAAGUACAAUUACAAGUACGGAAUAUCAUAUUAUGUAAACAACUUGAUAUUACCUUACAAGGCAAAGCUAUUUAUUUCUGACCAAUGGGAAUUUUGCGUACGAGUCGUACGCAUAAAUCCACUUUUUAUUACUUCAGAGACAGAGUUCAGUAGCAGGCUCUAUUUCAAGCAUAGAGCCUGACAUGCAGGUCAUCCCCCACUGUUUGUACGUAAUACACAAAACAUGAGCAGUCGAUCUGUAUGGGAUUGGACAGGUCAAACUCAUACCUGAAAUUCCAUGAAAUUCCAUGUUUAUAGACUAUUUUAAAAUAAUAAGCUAUUUUAGCUGGAAAACAUCGAACAAAGUGGUUAAUUAAUAUGUUUAGCAUGAAAGCAAAAUCUGUAUUUGAUUUGCAGACGUUAAUUAAACAUUUAUUUAUUUUGACUUAACUCUAUGCAUUAGCCAUGAAUUUGAUAAAGUUCUUGUUAAAUUAUUUUUUCAGGAGCUCGAUUACGUAUUGAUUGAGAUUGAUGAAAACCUAAUGGCAUCUAUAGGUGUGAAACCAAUUUUGGCCCAUAGCAGUGAGCUACCGAUCGUCACGAGUGAUGAUACAGUGUGCAUUAUUCAACAUCCUGGGGGAAAGAUGAAACAUUUUAGUCAGGGCGCAGUCAAGAGUGUGAACAAACCAUGCAUAGAAUACUAUGCUGAUACGUUAGGAGGAUCCUCCGGAGCUCCUGUGUUUGUGGUAAAGGAAUCUAAAUUGUUACUGGUUGGGUUGCACAGCAAGGGUUUGUCUCACCAAAGUAACUGGAAUAAAGGUGUGCUUCUUUCAGAGAUAUUACAUCAUCUUCAUACAGGAAAGGGUAAGAUUUAUUGCUUCUUAUUCUAUACCAAAUUUACAUACAGUAGUAUGAAUCCCCGAGCGCCGUUCCGGGCGUACGCCCGGGGCAAGGGUACUAAUUCCGCACGGAUACUAACUCCGCAUGGGUGUCAUCUCACUGAUCUCAAAAAUCCCGCAAAAAUUUAAAAACAAAUAACAAAGUUUGGAAAAUCAUUUCACACAGUAUGUUAAUUGUAAAGCAUUUUAUAUAUAAUUUAGAAAUUGGUAGUUCUAUUAGUUAAAAGUGUUUUACUUUCAUUUAUUUUUUGCCGUUUUGUACAAAAAAAUGUGCUGCCAUGGCUCAUAGAGAUUAUAAAUAACACUAGAGGAGGCAUUGUAAUCUUAAUUCAGUAAAAAAAGGGAACGCAGCUAUUGGGGGGCAAAUUCAAGUCCCGGAUGUGUAUUCGUGUUCUCAUUGGUGACGAGUUUCAAAUCAGCCAAUGAGAGCACGAUUUUAUAUCCGGGACUUGAAUUUGCCCCCCAUUAGCUGCGUUCCCAAUUUUUAAACUCGAUGCCUCCUCUAGUGUUAUUUAUAAUCUCUAUGCCAUGGCUCACAUGACGUGAGCAACAUGGGCCUGCGUUAAUCAGUCAGUUGGCGUUAUUCGGAAUUCAUACUUCAUGUUAAAACAAUUCAUGUUCGGAAAAUAAAGGCGAGGGGUUGCUGCAUGCGUGCAUGCAUACAUAUGUAUUUCGGGUGUCGAGGGGUUGCUGUAUGCAUGCAUGCAAUCACGAUUCAUACUGUGACAGCUCGAAUUCAGAAAACAAGGUAGGGGAAGGGGAACACGUCUUCAUAUACUUACUGAAGGACACUGAACACUUUAAUCACUGUCUGCUGGAUCCUGCAUAGGAAAAUAUAUGAUCAGUAAAUCUAUUACUGUAUUCUUGCCCUAGUCUGAUAGAUAAGUUGACAUCGGGUGGUGGAUCGUAAGAUUACGGUGAGUGGUGAGUUCCGCUCGCUGACAAUUCUUUACAAUAAAUAUUGCUUAUAUAUACAAUAUAUCGAAGUCCAGUUUAUGAGACAGUAUUCUGUAACAAGCUGCUGUUGGGUUGUAUCUGAUGCAUCAGUAAAAAAGAAACACAUCGAUGCUUCCAAUUAAUAUUAUUAUACUAACAAUAACCUCCUAUAACGAUGGGCCUUCUCGAAACCAUGAAAUCUUUCAUUUGUUUCAGGUUGUCGAGAGACAACCCAACCGAACGUCAUCGGCUAAUAUCAGAGUAUUGUCUUACAGUUACAACGCCAAAUUUUCUAUCGAUCGGUGUUCCUUGUCAAAUGGAAAGUGGUUUUAAUCUCAUUGGUAAGUAUAUUUCUUAAAAGGGUCUUUCUAAAAAUAUACUGUACUUGAAUAUAGAAUGCUCAUGUUCUUUGUUUGCCAGUUUACUUUUGCUUUUACAGUAAAGUAAUUUACUUCUAUAUUAUACUAACCUGAAAUCUAAAUUGGGGCCUGAAUUUCAGGUUAAUAUUAUACAAGAAACUAUCACAAAAAUUGUUCGUCCAAAACAAACUUAAGUGUAUGGUAUAAUUCACUUGCUGGAUUCUUGAUUAUAUGCCGCUCGUUAUGUCGUUUUUGUUUUCCGUUCCAGGUAUUUCUGGCGCUGAGAGGUGGAAAGAUGUAAAAUUACGAUUUGCCAUAAUGGGGGAUAGUGGCGCCGGCAAAUCAGCAUUCAUCAACGCAAUAAGAGGGUAACAAAUUUUCAUAUUUCUUCUUCUAUGAAAAACGGUGCUCUUGUUUUUCUUCCAUAGAUUAUAGAUACCUGAAUUUAUUCUGAACUAUGUAUAAGCCACCAAUUAUUAAACAGAUCAGUGUACGUAUACUGUCGUAUGUGAUGAGAUUUGCAUAUACAGUACAUGGAAUAAUUUUAAUGUCCAGAAAGUGAAUGUCAUUAUUGUCAUGAGCGAGAACUUCAUUAUGGAAGGUAUAGGAGAAAACCUUUAUUCAUUACGCUUAAUUCUAACUUGUAUAGAAUUGAAGAUGACGAUGAUGGUGCAGCAGAAGUAGAUGUGACUGAAACAAGAACGCAACCUAAAGAGUACAAACACCCUGAGAACCACGACGUUAGUUUCGUAUAUCUACCUGGCAUUGGUACGCCAAACUAUCCCGAUCUUCCAACUUACGAUAAAAAAGUUGGUUUGGAAGACUACGAUACUUUCCUCAUUUUCACUACAACGCGUUUUACAAAAAAUGAUUUGGAAUUGGCCAAGAAGGCGAAAUCCCUUGGAAAACCGUUUUUUCUUAUCCGCACAAAGAUCGAUGUCGACCUCACGCCAAAGAAAGGAAAAGCAGCUAUCAACGAAGAAGCAAUAUUGCGAAAAAUAAGAAACAAUUGCAUGGAUAACGUGAAAGACUUGAUAUCCAGUGAGAAAGAAAUAUUUCUCAUCAGUAAUUACGAUACAGACAAAUAUGAUUUCAAUCGUCUUAUCGAAGCAAUGAGCGAAUUGCCUGUACUUUUAAGUCAAAGUAAGUGUUCUUAUAUUUCAAACUUAAUUACUGUGACUUGAUUGAAUACACAAAGCAUAGUGUUUCACUGCAUACGCGGCCAUAAAAUUAGUCUCUUAUUCCCUUUGGUUAUCUGUUGGAUCACUGAACCUUAUAAAGCCAUGCCGAAAUUUAAAAAAAGUCAAAUUUACCUUACCGACCUAAACGGUGAAUAACAUGUUUAUUUUUUUUGUUUGAUGGUGAUAGUGAAAUUCAAAAAAAUUCCAGUAUUGCGAAGUACAUUUGAGAUCAGUUCCGUUUGUUACUUUAGUCCAAGCAUGGCUGACAAACUGUUUCAAUAGAUAUUUUUUACUCAAUAAGAAAAUACAGAAGGUAACCUAAUUAAUUUAUUGUUAAUUUUCGUGAUUGCUUUACUGUAUGAACAUGCUUAAAAAUCCUUUUUGACACACAAGUCACAACUACAAAUUUUAGUUGCCGAAACAUUUUGUUCAUUACAACAUUUAUAAAAAAAUAUUUGACCGAACUAAAAGCCCAGGAACUGCUGUUUACGGUUUUUUAAAAAAAUUAUGUUUAGUUUUGGAGCAUUUGAAUUGAAACAUGUAGCACUGGCCAGUGCUUUUUCGAUGUUUAUAUUUCUUUGAAGUCAAUUAGCCUUUCUCAUUUCAGAACCAUCCUCAGAGAUACGAAAAACUAAUUUCAUAUUAAUCUGACACUGCAAUCGAGCAACGAAAAAUUCGUUGGCUCGAGCGGGAUUUGAACUCGCAUCUUCGGGUAUCUAGACCGCCGCUCUACCUAUUGAGCUAUCGAGUCAACAGGGAUUGGUAGCGAGUCUUAUCCAAUUUAAGUGCACGAAAUAUUUUCGUGACGACUUAACGCUUGCCUUAGAGGACGCGCAGUGUUUCAAUUCUAUUUCAGAACCAUCCUCAGAGAUAGAGGUAGAUUCAUUCCUCAGAGAUAGAGCGGCGGUCUAGAUACCCGAAGAUGCGAGUUCAAAUCCCGCUCGAGCAAACGAAUUUUUCGUUGCUCGAUUGCAGCGUCAAAUUAAUAUGAAACUAGUUUUUCGUAUCUCUGAGGAUGGUUCUGAAAUAGAAUUGAAACACUGCGCGUCCUCUAAGACAAGCGUUAAGUCGUCACGAAAAUAUUUCGUGCACUUAAAUUGGAUAAGACUCGCUACCAAUCCCUGUUGACUCGAUAGCUCAAUAGGUAGAGCGGCGGUCUAGAUACCCGAAGAUGCGAGUUCAAAUUCCGCUCGAGCCAACGAAUUUUUCGUUGCUCGAUUGCAGUGUCAGAUUAAUAUGAAACUAGCCUUUCUCACGCCGCCAUUCUUGGGUGGCUUUUCAUCCGAAGUCUGCGAGAUAAGUCCAGGCACAUAACAGCGACUUUUUAUAAUUUUUUGGACAAAUGAUGGUAAAUUUGCUUUAUAAAUGGUUACUUUAUUUUGCAAAAUUGCUUUUCACAUUGUUUUAAUUGUCUGCAUUGGUUAACGACUAAUAACGAGAAUUAGAUGCCAAUUAAAAUGGCGGAAAUUCAUCAUCGUGAGAAAGGCUAAUUCACCAUAUUUUACUAUCUUUAGUAUCGAUAGGGUGGAUUUUCAAAUUUUUGGGUAGUUUUUGAGUUUGAAAAUUGUCUUCAAUCCUCGGUUGUCGCCAAAAAAUAACAUUUUCGACCACGGUCAAGAUGUCGUAAAAAGCUGUUCGCUCUUGCAGCCAAUAAGAUUGCAGGAAAUAAAAAAUAUGGAAUGCCCCAAAAACGGAGCCCACGGAGCAGUAGAAAAACCACAAUUCCUUAUGAUAAACUACAUUCUAGAGGCUCUUUGCGAGGCAAAAGAAACGAGAGGCGAGAAUAGCCUCUGGUCACAUCGGUUGCAAAUCCCAUGCACUUCCACACUUGAUUAGGUUCAGAAUUUGAAUCUCGCAUGUGAUAGGCCAUUUGUAAAAAUAUGUCAAACCGGUUUGGGAAAUAAACAUUACUGUACAAGCUUAUUAUAGCUAUCAUAGCUAUAAUUAUAUUGCCAACUGUCGGAGAGAUUUCAGUGGUUUGUUUUGGAAUCUCGGGUGAGAAUGUGAUGUCACCCAUCACGAUAUUCCACGCAUGCAGACUUGUAGCAAAGAAAGCAAUGAAAAAUAAAACAAGAAAACUGCAAUACAUAUAUUUGUGAACCAAAAGAAUUAAUAAUUCAUGAGUACAUUCGCCAACCAUAUUGCCUUAUUUUGCUCACAUGAUAAUACUGGUUACCUGAUGAAGUAUAUUGAUCCUGUCCUAGGACUGGAUCAAAAUUAACUGAGAGUCGUCUUUUUGAUGGAUGAUAUGUUAUUGAUGAAGGCAAGAAACCUUUUUCGCGGCUGUUCAGUUAAGCAUGGUUUUGUUUUGGUAUUUCUUUAAACAUUUAAACAAGUGUUUGUUCCAAGAAUACAAGUGCUCAUCUAGGGGAGUCACAGUCACACCAGUAAUAUAUUCAGUCUCGAACGGUCUGUGCCAGUGUAUAGAUAGCGACAAUAACAAGACAACUGUGGAUUGAGAGAUACAACUAGCUGAAAUAAAAUACAAGCAGAACUUCAGAGUUCAACGGUAUUUGAACGGUUUGGUGAUAUAUUGUUUCUUUUGCCGGCUUAUGCAAGGGUGUGUAGUUUUUAUUUAUUGACAACAAUUAUCACUUAUUUACUGAGACCGCGGGAAACAGUGUGUUUUGUUGCCCGAGGGGUCACAAAACACACUGCUUUCCAUAGGUCUCAGUAAAUAAGUGUUUUGUUAUAUAGUUUAUAAGUGUCAAAGUAUGAAUAAUCCACCGGUUAUUGGAGUGAACUUAAUUUGAAACCAAAACUGGAUAAAUGGAACGCCGUAAAUGUUUAAUAAAAAGUUUAGAAAAUGAACUUGGAAAUUCAUGGUUGACGCGCAUGCGCAUUGCACCCAUUAUAUUCUUGACCGGUCAAUAAAUGUUUCAUUGUGUACAAGUUGCCUCCUCGCCAAAUAGCAUGCAGUGAACAUGACGUUUUGUGGACCGGCACGUGAUAUGGUUUUGACCAAUCGGCAGAAAAAUUGAACUUUGACACUUACUAUAUAACAAUACAAAAUGUUUUUCAGACGAGACAACAGUUUUAAACGAAGAGUGCCUUGCUAUAAAUGAAGAGUACCUGGCUGAUACAAAAGCAUACAUUGAGAAGAAUGGUGUUUCUGGCAUUAAAGAGUUUCUCGACAAAAAAAUUGAAGGAUGGAAAAGAGUGGAAAUACAAUUUGCCAUAACAGGAGAUAGUGGCUCAGGAAAAUCUGCCUUUAUCAACGCAAUUAGAGGGUGAUAUUUUCAUGCUUAUUCUUUGCCAAAAAACUGGACUGUAUAUACCUUAGUUUUCGUGCAUACAUUGAUACGCAAGAAAGAAAGAACUCAACAAUGCAUGGCUGACACUUGCUGUUGGGGAAUCUCAGUUUUUUAUGUUUUUGCGGCCGGUUGUUCGAAAGCGAGUUAGCGUAAGUCUAGGUUAGCUUUAAACGUCAAAGCAAAUUUCCCAACAGCUUGCUUACAAACUUAGAAAUAUAGUUCCAGAAAUCCUGUCUGGAUCAAUAAAAGUUUAGUUUUCAAGGCUUUAAAACAAACCAACAUGCAGAAAUGCGCAAAUCAUGACAGCAGGUUAAAUUUUUACCCAAGGUUAGCGCUAUAAUCGUGCUUUGAAUGACCGGCCCUUAGUCUUAAAUUCCAUGCGCAUUUGCUUAUUAAUUUAUAGUCUACCAAUUCUUUCAUAUGUGUAAAAUUGAAAUUUCGCGCUCAACUCUCUUGUCUAGGCUUAAUGACUACGAUAAAGGUGCAGCAAAAGUAGGUGAGAUUGAAACAACGACAGAUCCAAAGGAAUACAAACAUCCUGACAACCCAAAGAUUAGUUUUGUAGAUUUACCCGGCAUCGGUACGCCGAACUAUCCUGAUCUUCCAACCUACUGUGAAAAAGUUGGCUUCGAAAAUUACGAUACCUUCCUCAUUUUCACUGCAACGCGUUUUACACAAAAUGACUUGGACCUGGCAAAGAAAGUGAAAAGCUUAGGAAAGUCUUUUUUUCUUAUUCGCACGAAGAUCGAUGUCGACCUCAUGCGAAAGAAAGGAAAAACACCCAUCAACGAAGCAGCAAUUUUGCAAGAAAUCAAAAGCAAAAUCGUGUAUAACGUGAAAAACUUGGCAUCCAGUGAAGAAGAAAUUUUCCUGAUUGGUAACUACGAUAAAGACAAAUGGGACUUCGACCGUCUCAUUGAAGCCAUCAGCAACGCCUUGCCUGUUCGUCAAAGAGAGACUUUAACUUACUCUUUAUCAAAUGUAACACGUGAAUGUUUAAAGAGAAAGGCAACUUUUCUCAAAGGUAGGCAUUGUUUACACUCGUGCCAAUAGAAGCAAACUUCACGCAAUUCCUCUGAUCAACACCUGAUUUUUCAUUUCUAAACAUACUUUUGACUUUAUGUUGGGAACAAACGUUAUUUUUCUGAACUUCUUUGCAAAUUACUAAUGUUCAAAUGAAUUACAAUGUUACAACAACAAGAAUGCACCACGACAAUAGUCAAAACGUUUUAGUUUUCAGGCGGAGCCGUUAUCAAUGCUUACAUGUCAUUGGUCUUGGAAUUGCUACAUAUAAUAUGAUUGUUAAUUCAAACAUAGGAAGGUGUGACGUUUUUUAAGGAACUUCCUCAAAAUCGUGAGGUAAUUAUAUGUGGAUACCGGGUACGCGGAUGUGUUGAUCAAAGGAAUUUCUUGAAGUUAGCAUAUGAAUUUGUAGUUUUGAUCAACAUCUUGUCUGUCUUACUCUUUCAACACAGUCUUGAUUGCAAUAGAAAAUAAAGGACCUAAAAGUUAAAACAUUAAAAAACCUACUAUAUACAAAUAAAAAUUGGCGAUCUAGAUUUGGUUCAGGUUUGAUAAAAAAAUAGUCAAGUAUCUGCUCUUUAUUGUUAUGAACUUUUGUAGGUCGUUUGUAUAAUUUGCUAUGUUUCUUUGUCGACCUGUUUCUUUUCUGGUGUUUUUUGUUUGCAUAUUGCAGAUUGUUUGUAAAUUUGUUGUUCUAUUUUCCACUAAUUUUGGUCAGUUUUUGUCUGCUGUUCUUUAUUUGUCUGUUUUGUAAUUGGUUUGUUCUAACGCUUGUCUUACUUUUCAACGUUUAUUUUACAUUUUGAGUGUUUUGGAACCCCGUUAUUGAAGAAUUGAUCUAAGUGUGGUAAUUCCAUGCAGCCAUCGAGGAGUUUAAUUUAUAUGUCAUAAACUGUAUUAUGUAUAUAAAAUUUAAAUGGCAAAUUUUGUAAAUAAAAUAAGAUAGAAUGAGGCGGAGGCUUAUGCAGAGAAAUGAAAAUGUCUUAAAAAUCGUUGGUUUGCAGAAGAAAAGCUAGAUAAAAAGUUAUACGAAUGAGAGCAAAAAAUAACGGUGUAAGGCACGUGAACUGUUUUGAAUUUUAAAGAUUCAACUUUCAAAUGAUGAACCUGGUCGAAAAUAAUUAAUUUGAAUUCUUUAAUUUUACAAAACGUUUUCGAUGAUUUUAUUGAAUUAGCAUAUUUAGACAAGUCAGAAUAUUGGUAUCGCCACCUUAAGUGAUGCCAGAAGGCAAUAUAGGAUAGUGAUUUCAUCCAGUAUAAGAUUCUGAAACUUCCACUAAACUUAGAGUUGUAAUUCCGCGAAAUAUGGUGGGGGCAUGUUUUUGGGUCACAAGACUAUACCAUCGGUUUUAGCUCUUUGACGUUCUUGGUUUGCAUAUAAUUUGUUUAAUCCAAGUUUUGUCGGGAAAUUUAUAAUGGUCUUUUUUUACAAAAACUAUAUAUAAGUAUUUUGUUUCAGAUAAUUAGGGUAUAUUGAGAGUUUCAAGUUUUAUGGUAUUGAUCUUUAAUUUUGAUAUUAUUAAUACAGAAAAUGGUAACUAUAUAGCACAAUGUUAAUAUUUUUAUUACUUUAUAUUAAUAUAGCUUCAGCUGUUCUAGUGGCAGUCGUUUCAGCAGGAACUGGUGCAUUUUAUCCAAUCGACCGUGCCAUUAUAGAAGGAGCAAUCGGCUACUACCACAGACAGUUUGGUCUCAAAAUAAAGUCAGAAGAAAUUGAGUUCUUGGUUAAUACAUACUGGCAGGAUUCAAUUAAAGAAGGCUCUAUAUUCGCACUUGAAAGAGUUGUAAAAUAUGGUUUGGUCGUUGGAAUGACCAUCGCAGGGAGCAAAUCGUUUAUUUUAACAUUGCAGUACCUUGUACAUUAUGUAAACGAACUAGAAAAAGCUGCCUUGGCUGUCUGGGAUAACGCAGUUAAGCAAAUCAAUUCAGGAUAGAUAGCUCGUAUAUAUACGAGCACAAAUAAUUAAUCGACACAUUUUGCAGUGAAUUGAAUGAACUCUUUUUUUCGAGUCUUUUGGCGUUGGAAGUUUCGAAUGACCGCCAUAUUGUAGGUCGGUUCUAAACUUUUUAGAAUUGUAGUUAUAAACAAGGACAAAUAGCUCGAAAUGAACAUUACCCUAAUACCCUGUAUGUUCAAUAUAUUUUAUCAAUCAAAUCUGAGCCUUAGCUCUCUUUAGUUAUAUGCAUGUGUCGCUCUCGAAUCAGCAAUUAAAUUAUAGAUGAUGUAAUUUUAAUCCUUUUUGUAUAUAUACUUUUUACUUUAUAAAUAUUUGUAAAUAUUUUCAUGGCACAGCUAAUAUAUACAGUUGUUAUAGGUCACAUGAGUUAUGAUUGAAAUAAUAUUGUAUUUAUUUUAAAAGACCAACUUGAAUCCCUUGAUCGUCGAUUAUUUUUUCUCUCGAAGUUCUGUAAACCUUUUAAACGGCUCGAAGUCAUUAUACUAUCACUCUACAUGACGUUUCACAACGUACAGUUGAUCGUCGACAAGUAAGGAACGCGGGCGCGAAAAGUCGAAGGCGGCGGAAAAAAGGAGAAUAUUUAAAGUAUAGAUUCAAUACACGAUUGAUUUUUCGUAUGUUUUUACAUGAACUUGGUUAGCGUCACACUCUCACAUUUGAUCAUUUGC